AUGGGUGCUCAGCAGGGAAAGGAGGCAGCCUCGAAAUCCAAACAGACGAAGUCGGCUGCCGGGGGAAAGAGUGCAAAGUCGAAAGACAGGGAAAGACGAGUUCAGCAGCAAGUGUCGACUAACAUCUUCGAGCACAGUGGUAUAGUGAGGUUUCGGAGAGAGGUGUGCAGAUUGGUCAAGUUCCUAGACACGGAGGAGACACCGGGUGCAUACUUGCAGUCCCUGACUGGAGUAACUCCGGCAUAUAAGCGGCAUUACUACUCCUACGCCUGGCUUGAUAGCCCCAACCCCUGUGCGUUACUGACCAGACAGUUGAGUGGGCUGUCACUAGACGAAGCUCAGAAUAAGGAGAAUCUGCUCAUACAGGAUGCCGACGAUCCACAGGUGUUCGUCGCGCUGUACGAGUUCCAGUCGGGCGGCGAGACGCAGCUCAGCCUCACGAAGGGUGAACAAGUGCGCGUGCUCUCCUACAACAAGACGGGCGAGUGGUGCGAGGCUCGCAACAGCGCCGGCCGCGUCGGCUGGGUGCCGGCCAACUACGUGACGCCGGCCAACUCGCUCGAGAAGCACUCGUGGUUUCACGGCGCCAUCUCCCGCAGCGCCGCCGAGUACCUGCUCAGCAGCGGCAUCAACGGCAGUUUCCUCGUACGCGAGAGCGAGAGCAGUCCCGGACAGAUGUCGAUAUCGCUGCGCUACGAGGGCAGGGUCUACCACUACCGCAUCAGCGAGGGCAGCGACAGCAAGGUGUACGUGACGUCGGACAGCCGCUUCAACACGCUCGCCGAGCUCGUGCACCAUCACUCCAUCUACCCGGACGGCCUCAUCACGCAGCUGCUCUACCCGGCGCCGAAGAAGAAUAAGCCGACGAUCUACGGGCUCAGCCCCGAGCCGGACGACUGGGAGAUCGAGCGCACGGAGUUCGCAAUGAAGCAGCGUCUCGGCGGCGGACAGUACGGCGACGUGUACGAGGCCGUGUGGAAGCGACACAACAAGACGGUCGCCGUGAAGACGCUCAAGGAGGAGUCGAUGGCGCUGAAGGAUUUCCUCGAGGAGGCUGCGAUCAUGAAGGAGAUGAAGCAUCCCAACCUCGUGCAGCUGCUGGGCGUCUGCACGAGGGAGCCACCGUUCUACAUCGUCACGGAGUUCAUGCAGCACGGCAACUUGCUCGACUACCUGCGCUCGACGAACAAGGACGACCUGUCGGCGGUGACGCUCAUGUACAUGGCGUCGCAGGUUGCCGCGGCGAUGGAGUAUCUCGAGUCACGCAACUUCAUACACAGGGACCUCGCAGCGAGGAACUGCCUCGUCGCCGACAACCACUUUGUGAAGGUGUGUGACUUCGGGCUGGCGCGGCUGACGCGCGAUGACACCUACACGGCCCACGCCGGCGCCAAGUUCCCCAUCAAGUGGACGGCGCCCGAGGGACUCGCCUACAACACCUUCUCCAUCAAGUCCGACGUCUGGGCUUUCGGCGUGCUGCUGUGGGAGAUAGCGACGUACGGCAUGUCCCCUUACCCCGGGGUGGAUCUCACCGAGGUCUACCACCUGCUGGAGAAGGGAUAUCGCAUGGAGAGACCGCAGGGAUGCCCAGAGAAUGUCUACGACCUGAUGAAGAAGUGCUGGCAAUGGGACCCAAACCAAAGACCAACAUUCAAAGAGAUUGGCCGUGAACUGGAAGAUAUGUUUCCAAACUCCAGUAUCAGUGAAGAAGUGGAACGCACAUUGAAUCGCUCAUCACAAGGCAUGUCUAGUUUCCGCGGGAGUGCACCAGAUGUCUCUGGCAGGCAAAAGGGCAGUCCGCUGUCGGCGGAGUCGUCGUUUCACAGCAGGAAGACACCCGGCUCGACGCAGUCGCUGCACAAGCUGGUGACGGAGCGCGAGUCGCCGGCGACGGCGGCGUCUGCUGCGCGCUUCAGCAACGUGCUGCUGCGAAACAAGAGCGCGCGCACGGCGCCGACGCCUCCCAAACGCACCAGCUCCUUCCGGGACCGCGACGAGAGUCCGUCGCCGGGACCCGAGGACUCUCCGUACGGCGAGGAGAUCAGCCGCGUCUUCGAGAAGAUCGACAAGGACCUGCAGACGAUGUCGGCGCGUCCCGUCGACCCCCCGCCCUGCGGCGGCAUCGGCGGCGGCGGCGGC